UGUUGAACAGUUUCAGUUUUCGUGAGACGGUUAACCGGGACUGACAUCUUAUCUGGUUCACAUUCGAAAAGUCAUUUGAAAUUAUCACCUACGGUUAACACUAGAGGAUUUGCUGUGUAUUAAAGAAGAGGAAAGAAACAAAAAAAAAGUGACAAACGAUGUAAAUGGAUUAUCAGUGAUGAUUGAUACUUUAAAAUGAAUUUCGGCUGAAAAAGAAAAAUUCUCUUCAGUGAAGUUUUAAAAGAGAAAAUUGUUUAGGGAACUUUUGUGGUUGGUUUCUUAUUCGGUUGAGAGUUGGAAUGGUGGAAUGAAAAAUUCAUUAGUUUAAGUUGAACCGAAUUAAUGUGACAGCAUACUAAUUCGGUCAAAAAUGAUCGGCUAAUUUCAACUUGAAUGAUAUGUUGCCCAGGAAACCUUGUGAACAUACACAAUUCAGCGCUCAGAAACAUCACAAUGAAACAUUCGUAGAGUUUUAUUUACUUUCGAUUAAAAGUAAUUUUGGAUCAUAGGCAACGUUUCAGUAUAACAAACACAUAACAUAAAUCAUUCGUUAUAAUAUACAUGUCGUUACGUGCACAGUAAUAGUAAAAUGUGAAUAUAAAACUGUACCUAAGUAAAUGUUUGGCGUAUGUAUAUACACAACCAAGCUAUAGACAUAAUCGUAUAGACGCAACAUGUGGCUCGUAAAAUGUGAUAUUAAUAUGCCCGACUGGAGUCGCUCGGAAAGAAUGAUAGUGAGAAGUAAACAUUCAAUAAGUGAUUUUCAAUGCUUUUUUUAACAUCUCCACGUAAAACGAACAAUGUUAUUUGUGUGUGAUCUAAUAACGAAAAACGAAGCGAAAAUCUAAUCAACAUUUUCCUACAACGCACAUCAUGUCGGAGGAUAUCGAAAAGGAUGUGACUGUUGAUGAGACAAAGGAUUCUUUUCCGGAUCUGAAAAAGCUGAAAGAUGAUUUGGGAUCGCAAAGGGUUUUCAAGAAAACGUCACCGAAUUCAGUGCUAACUCUGUAUUUGGGCACCAGAGAUGUGAUAUGUCGACGAGGUGCCGUCGAACCAUUGCGUGGCGUAAUUUUUCUUGAUCCGAAAUUUGUUCCUAAUCACAAAAUAUUCGGCCAACUGACGCUGACAUUUAGAUACGGUCGUGAGGACGAAGAAGUUAUGGGAUUGAAGUUUUGUAACGAAGCUAUAAUUGCCUUAAAACAAAUUUGGCCUAGAACACAGGAGACCGAAGAAUUGUCACAACUACAGCAAGCACUCAUCGAUAGAUUAGGUAAAAAUGCUCAUCCAUUUUCUUUGGAGAUUGGUCAGUUGGCACCGCCAAGUGUACAGUUGAUUCCAGCGAAACGCUAUAACGGUGCACCCAUUGGCACGAGCUACGACAUCCGGAUUCACAUGGGUACGACAUUAAAUAUUCCCACAAAUUCAGUUGAAAAUCAAUUAACUCUACACAAUGUAGCUGAACAAGACGAGGAACGAUUGCAACGCCGCAGUAUGGUACGAUUGGGCGUUCGCGUGAUCCACAAAGUUCCUGCCGAAGCGAAACUGUAUCAGUUACCGAAUAGUUCCAAUUCGACCAUACUGCCACGAACAUUGAGACUACGGCUGUCGCCGAAAGCACUGAAGUUAGCGAAUAAAUUCACUACCACAGCAAGUACAGCUGCGAACAGUGUCGAGGAACACGAGCCACAAGUGAAACAGGAUAAUGUCGGUUCGAUGUCACGUAUCGAUGUGGGUGGCUCAUUUCAACGGUUCGGUGAGAGUAGGGGACCGGAAGGAUCGGUUGAUAAACCCUUUCUAUGGACGGACGGUCGUGUCAGUUUGAGAGCAGCUUUAAACAAAUCAGCAUAUGGCCAUGGCGAACACAUAUCAGUUACGAUAGAUGUACGAAACAAUAGCAGAAAAAUUAUACGGAAAAUUAGGAUAUUUGCUGUUCAACACGUCGAUGUAUGCAUGUUCAGCAAUGGUAAGUUCAAAAACGUUGUAGCCGAUAUCAACGAAAAUCACGAAAUACGACCGGGCGAACUACAUCGUAAGGUAUACUCACUGCUUCCAAUCAAAGGUCCAACUAAGAACUGGAUUGCCGUUGAAGGAUCACCAUCACAUAGUGGAAUGGCGGACAGCAUUCCACUGGUAAAUUACAGCUACAAAAUAGCGUCCAGUGCACCGAGAGGGCCCCAAAUAGCCGACGAACGUAAUGUGUUUGCCAUCUAUGUAUCUUACUACAUUAAGGUCAAAUUAGCUCUAAGUGGUAUGGGCGGUGAAGUGACAUUGAAAUUGCCAUUUAUUCUUGGUCACAUUGAUGAUGGCUCUACGGAUAAUCAAGACUGUAACGAUGUAGCAAAGAAAUUUGAUAAGAAAAUUGAGGGUGAUGUUGCUACUGAAGUCGCUUCAGGUAAUGAUGAUGGAGUCAAUGGUAAGUCGAAAAUUACUGUAGAACCAACCGACAUCGGAGAUGCUGAAACCGGAGCCAAUGGAAUAAAAACGAUUGCAAAAUGUAGGAACGAAAAUGGUUUGAGUAUCGAUGUGAUUGUCGAGGAUAUGAGUGACCAAAAAAUUGAAUCGAAUAGUGGCGAUGGCAUAGGGGCUGGCCCACGUGCUCGGAUGAGUAGUUCGACUAAUUGUAACGAAACUGAACGAAAUAUAAAUGUUGUUACUGCACAAAUUCAUUCGUCAGCUGUUUAAAUGGAUUGAUAUUAUAAUUAGAGAAGAUAAAUAAAAUUAGACGAAAAACUAAACCUAUCAAAAUAAAAAUUCUGAAAACUUUUUAGUAUUAAGAUUCACAGACUGAUGUUUAUUCUUAGAACUUUUUUUUUGUAUAAUUUCGAGAGAAAUCCUCUUAACUACUGGAACUGGGAAACGACUUAGAAAAAAAAAAGUUAAGAAAAACAGUAGAACAUUAAUGCUAACUAACUGAAAGUGUAAUGAUAUUUUUCAAUGUUGUACCACUCUUUAAAUUGAAUUAGAAAAGAAAAAUAAAAAGAAAAAUUUAUGAA